AUUUUUGUUUUCUGUGUUAAACAAUAUUGUAUUUUAAGUUUAGUAUGAUAUGAAGUUUUAAGAAAUGAUUAUUUCGUUUUGUUUAACUGUUUGACCACUAUGCACUGCCGAGCUGUGCUGCUUCUUCAGCAUGAAUUGUUCGAACUUCACGAAAACCCUCUUUGGGGGAUUUCCCUACAAUAUUACCCAAGUAGCCCCCUUAAUUUAUUCGUGAAUUUGUCGGGGUUACAAAAUACAUCAUGGGGUGAUGGGCAAUUUCAUCUGACUUUACACUUUUCUGAACAUUAUAAUUAUGAAGUUCCAAGCAUUACGUUUAACACCGUCCCAUUUCACCCCAAUGUUGACCCACUGUCAGGGAGGCUCUCAGCUGGGUUUCUGGAAAGAGAAGGGAAAAGAGUCACUUCUGUGAGGGGGAUUUUAUUGGGGGUUCAAGCACUUUUAUCGGAGCCUGAUUUAGAUGAUGUGGUGAAUAAGGAGGCGGCUGAGAUGCUUCAAGAUUCUCCUCAUGGUUAUGAAGAGAUGGUGAUGAGCUGUGCAGCUGAGAGCAAGAGACUGCAGGAGGUUUUAACUGAGAAGGUGCUGCAGAACAUGUCCGAGGCAAAGUAUGGAAAUGUAAAAGAACCUGUUGAAAUUAUUCGGGAAGAAAAAACUAAUUCGUCAAGUCAUACUUCCACUAUGCCGACUCGGCAAAUUUCUUUUGACGUUUAUCACCGCACGUGGGUCCAGGUCGCUACAACAAAGCCGGUCUCGACUUAUAUGGAGUCUGCUGUUAAUGAUGAUGAUCGUGUUUCACUUCGGAUGUGGAAUCCAGACUACGCGAACAUCCGAGCCUUAUCACCAAUGUCAUCCAUCAAGCUCGGACCUAGCAGGGUCAAAUCCCCAGGAACGGAAGUCAGGAAUCCUAAGAUUAAUCGGAUGCGGCAGAAAAAGCAGGAGCGAAUAUCAGCAAUGAAGCAAUUGUAUUUGAACCAGACAUCAGAGAGAGCUGAACCCGGAACUGCAGCCCCUGCCACUUCCAUGACAGAUGUAACACAAAGUGAAUCUCCUGUGUUAGAAUCGUGGGAAAGUGAAGCUGAUGAAUUGGUAGCUUGGGCGGGGAAACUAAAUGAAAACACCAUGUAACUUCAAACUUGUGUUAGUUAUCUGGAAAUGGACGCUGUGUUACUGUGAAUGCAUUCUUAACUUGGUUAUUGUUAUUGGAAAAUGCAAUGUAAAAAUUUGGAUGUUUGUUAAAAGGACAUUAUUUUUAAUUAAAUAUACUGAGAACAUUCAAUGUAACUUGUUUGCUAUUUGAAAAUUGACACUGUGUUACUGUGAAUGCAUCCAUAAAAGUAUUUGAAAUAACCACACCAACAUUAAGAAUAUUAAAGUAAGUUGAAAAUGUCGAUAAAACCGUUCAUUUCUAUUGAAGUGUUAUAUGUGAGGAUGCCAUUCAAUACAAAUUUAAGCAACAUUUA